GUUAUUUAAAAGUUUUGUUCAUUUAUUGAACUGAAAAUCAGACCAUAAAGUGAUGGCAACGGAAACUGUCAUCAAUUUGGGUUUUGCCCGCCGAUGGUCUCCCUUCAAGACAUUGCAUCAAUUGGUGGCCAACGCCGUCAUCGACAGGACUCCCCGAUUGACCACCGAUUUGGAGACUACUCUCAUGAGACACAAAACCGAUUUCAUAUCGUUGCUGAAGAACCCGGCCCGAAACGCGUUACACAAAGAGAUUGUGUUGAAUGCGUCCAAAGACGGCAUUGUUGUGAUUGAACAGCAAAACCGAGUGAAGACUACAAUACCGCAGAUAAUGAUCGACGAGGCGUUACUCAUGAGUGAGAUGUUUGAUUUGAAUGAGUUGUCGGCUCUCGAGUUGAUUAUCGCCGGCGAGAAUCAAGAGUCGCGGUUCGCGGGACUGACUCGCGGGCCGAUCGCUGUUCUCCUGUAUUUGGACGGCAGGAAGAGUCUGUUGAGCGCAUUGCACGCCGCGGUUCAGGCGAGUGCCGGCCGCACGUGGUCUCUGAAAGUGAAUCGUGACGCGAGUCGAGUGAUCAACGCAUUCAUAGAAGAGCUCAAAGACGAGGGCAUUGUCUUGGAGUGUAUCGAACAGUUGGCUGCGCUCGACAUCAAAGCCGAGUUUGAAUUACUCGAGAGGAACCGCGCGUUGGGUGCCUUCAAGUAUCGCAAACAAGUACUCGAUGUACUCAAAGAUAUUCAACAGCUUUUGGCUAAUAUUAUCUUCUGUUUUGCGGCACAAACUUAUCUCAAACCCAACGAAGUCUUCAAAUUAUUGCAAAUUGUGGCCAAAAUGCCUAAAACUAAACCUAACGGAUCAUUAGAUUCGGUGUCAACCACUCUAUUGACGACAUUCUUGUAUAUAAUUGAUGUCCAUUUCUUGCAAUUUGCCGAAGAGAAUGACAAAAGAAUAUCAAACAACUCUUUGCUUAGAACACCUGAUUUGAUCAAUGAAUUGGACAAACAAUUGAAUCAAACCGUGUUUAGCGUUAGAGAGAUUAAAACAAUACUUCAAUUUAGUUUAGGUAUUGCUUUGAAGACAUUGUCUUUGCAUCCAAUAAUGGGAAUCGAUUGCGACGUUGAGGACGAAAAACUAAUCGACGCCACAAUCGAAGAGAAAGUGUUUGAAUCGUUGAACACAUUGAUCGGUUCCAAUGAAUUCAUUUCGAGCGAAGAGUUUUAUAUCCGAAGAAUACACGAUUUGAUAACCGAUUUCAUUGUCUUAAUGCCCAUCAAAAUCAAAGAACUCAAAGAUAAAGGCGACGAAAUUGGAAGAAUAAUCAAAGCGUAUUCGGCGGAAGGCAUUCAACCGCCGGCAGCACUUCCGCGACAUUUUGAGAAAUUGUUGUAUUUUUUGGCCCAACUUUACAGCAAAGAUGACUAUCAAUUGAGUUACGAGUUUUGGCCGACACUUAAUGAGGGAAAACAGUCGACACAUAGACAACAUUCGUUGCAUAAGUUUAUCCGAACCAUUCAGGACUCGUUCUUUCCGCCUAUU